GGAGCUUUAAGCGAAAGAUCAGGCUUUGUGUGGAGAGUUGGAUAUCGGGCCACAGAGCAGAGAACAACAUUGAAAGCUGCUGCGUUGCUGUGGGCAAGCCAACUUCUAGAUGUGAAGCUAUCCCAUGAUGCAACAUGUGUCCCCAGCACCUGCAGUGACAAUGAUGGCCACCCAGAGCGUUCCUCCACCAUCGUACCAGGAGAGCCAACAGAUGACGGGCACCACUCAGCAGAACACCAAGACCCCACAGGUCCAUAUCCCAGCAGCCUCUGCAGCAGGAAAUACCUCUGUCAGUGUGACCCUUGACCCCCAGGCCCAGCUUGAGUCUGACAAGAGGGCUGUUUACAGACAUCCGUUGUUUCCCCUGCUGGCGUUGUUGUUUGAAAAAUGUGAGCAGGCCACACAGGGAUCUGAAUGCAUCACGUCAGCCAGCUUUGAUGUGGACAUUGAAAACUUUGUGCACCAGCAGGAGAGAGAACAUAAACCCUUCUUCAGUGAAGACCCAGAACUGGACAACUUGAUGGUAAAGGCCAUUCAGGUGUUGCGAAUCCACCUAUUAGAGCUAGAGAAAGUCAAUGAGCUCUGUAAAGAUUUCUGCAACCGCUACAUCACCUGCCUCAAAACCAAGAUGCACAGUGACAACCUCCUCCGUAACGACCUCGGAGGACCCUAUUCUCCAUCACACACCAGUCUCAACAUGCAGCAGGAACUAAUUCAGACCUCCUCUCCAUCCAUGACCUCUGUCUCCAGCUCUGUUAACCCUUCAGGGAUUGUGGUGCCCGCCGGGGGUCUGCAACAGGGCAAUGUCGCCAUGACUACCAUCAACUCUCAAGUGGUAUCGGGUGGGACCCUGUACCAGCCAGUUGCCAUGGUGACAUCGCAAGGGCAAGUGUUAACGCAGGCGCUGCCGCCGGGAACCAUCCAGAUCCAAAACUCACAGGUAAACGUGGACCUGUCAUCCCUGUUGGACAGCGAAGACAAGAAGUCCAAGAAUAAGAGGGGGGUCCUGCCCAAACAUGCCACUAACAUCAUGCGCUCCUGGCUCUUUCAGCAUCUCAUGCACCCGUACCCGACAGAAGACGAGAAAAGGCAGAUUGCAGCACAAACAAAUCUAACCCUUUUGCAAGUGAACAACUGGUUUAUCAACGCUCGUCGGCGUAUCCUCCAGCCCAUGUUGGACGCCAGUAACCCAGACCCUGCUCCUAAAGCGAAGAAGAUGAAGUCCCAGCACCGCCCGACACAGCGCUUCUGGCCUGACUCCAUUGUGGCAGGAGUUCUGCAGACACACAGAUCAGGAAACAACUCAGACAACCCGCUGAGUAUGGACAGCCUCCAGUCGCUGUCCUCAGACUCAGCCACCCUGGCCAUGCAGCAAGCCAUGCUGGGAGCCGACGACUCCAUGGACGGCACUGAAGAAGAGGAUGAAGAGGAAGAGGAGGAGGAAGAGGAGGAAGGGAUGGAGGAGGAAGAAGAGGAGGAGGACGGAGAGGAGGAAAAUGACAGAGGGAGGCAAAUGUCUAGCGGAGGAGGAGGAAGGAGAGAUCUGCGCAUGGAGCACAGAGAGGAACUGGAGUAGUCGACCAGAGGGAAAGACUAUGAACUUUAACCUCGGUUGUCCCCUCCAUACGGCCUCAUUCAAACUCAACUAGGACGACUCUAAUGCUAAGUGACUCUUGAGAGCAUGUGAGGGCAUAUUAGGUUUUCUCCAAAUUCACCAGACUCUUGUGCAGAGCCACCAUGGUGUCUAAUCAGACACAAUGACCAUCAUGAUCAUGAUUAUACAGGACAAAUAUGAGUUUAAUGAUGAAUCUGUGUUGUUUCAUUUUAGUAUUGUAUGUUCUCAUGCAGUGAGCUCUUGAAAUAUUUGGAUAGUAGCACAUUUUGACUCUAUAGCUCCUGUUAUUUAUGGACCGAAAAGGCACAGGAACUAAAAGGUUAUAAAGAUUACUGGCAGUUUUAAAUUGAGACAUUUUCACCACUUUACAGUAACACUUUCAGUUUGAUGCUCUCAGACAGCAAGGACAUUUUAAGGCAGUGUUGAAUGCAGCUUAGAGCAAACUGAAAAAGAAAACUGGAGAACAAGAAGUGUUGAUUAGUUGCACUUGCAUAAAAAAAAAAAAUCUUUGCACAGUGAGAUUUUUUGACUAUGUGAAAAACAGCUACUUGAUUGAAUGUAAUCUAAAUAUUUCGGUACAAUGAAAUGACCCAGCAAGCAAUAGUCGUGAUUUAAACGUAUUGGCUAUAUUUAGCUCCGAUUUAGUCUAGCUACAUGUAACCCAAAUCCAGACAAUUUAAUUUUGAAAUUGAUUAAAUGUAAUUUUCGCCUUUGCAGAUGGCGUGCGGUAUGAUUUUCAAUCACGGAUGGAGAGUCAACAGUAAUUAAAAUAUGUUUAUCUCCAUUUUUUGGACAUGGUCUCUACAUAGCCGUAUAAUUGAUGACGUCUACACUUUGGCUAUGGUUAGACGCCUGCCAAAAUUUCACUGACAGCCCAAAUUCAGCCGUGAUUUAGCCUAGACGUCAGGUCUUCAUGUAGACGGCUAUUAGACGUUUUUUAAACCAAAAAAUGCUUUACAAAAAGGUCUGCAGUAGGGCUGCCCCCUAAAAGGUGGAGACCCCUCAGUCAACUGAGAUUCUUCAACUGCGUUGUUAAGGCCCAGAUCACACAGAAAGCAUUUUAGCAAUUUGAGGCGGCUUUUUGUCAUUGUUUUUAAUAAGAAUGACGCUUAUUCCGUACUGUUUUUGUGUUGCUAGGCAUCUCACGUUUCCAUGCUCUAGGCGCUUAUUUUUGCCUAAGCUCUCUAAACUCCUCGAGUUGAGAAAAAAAAAAAACUGAGCAGAAAAGUACCCCAUGUCAUCUCUGCUUUUUUUUUUCCCAUUGUCCAAUCGGAUGAUUUAAGAGGCGGGCCUUCUGUGGUGGUCACAACAACAAGUUUACAGUUGGUGAACAAUGGAGGAUAAACUGGUGGUACCUGUGAUCCACCCUCUUUUUUAGGGUCUUAUGUACCCACACAGAUCUCCAUUUCCCUGUGCUCAACAAACUAUUUGCUGACAGCCUCUCACCCUCAACCAGAGCUAGAGCAAGUACCCUCUGCCUGAGCAUUUUAGUAACCAGCUACUAAUAACUGUGAAAAUAAGUUGGUAGUUUUAGCUAGCCAAAACAGCAGAUUGAUUACACAGGGAGGUUAGGGUAAGAAAGUGGUGGGGUGGUUGCCUGGCAACAAUGAAAAGGUGCAGCAAGCGUUUUUUUUGCUAGUGGCAUUCAGUAAAAAAAAAAAAAAAAAAAUGCAGGGUGUUACACUGCGCGUUUUGCAACCCGUAAAAUGUUUUCUGUGUGAUCAGGGCCUAAGGCAUUACAUUUAUUCACUUUACAUGGACCUAAAAUUAGUACUGAAUUAUGUUUAAUGUUCGAAUGUGUAAGUGUCUGUUUAUUAGUCAGAAGAAAUCAUAAAUCAUCUUUUAGAAGGAGUAGACGUUUAUCGUAGUUGGUUAAAAAGGCGGUGGUUAAACAACCAAUGCUUUGAAAUGGCAUCAGAGAUGGCACAGGUAUGAUCACGUUGUACCAUCUGAGGUGUAACAGAUGUAUGUUACACAUAUUUCCCAAUUACCUUAUUGCUCUAGGUAAGAGGAUUAGCCUACUGUUACUAUUAGGAAAUGCCAGUUCUGGUUCAGCGUUAGAAGUCGCACCCAUAAUUCACACAAGGUAUCAUGGGAGCUAGGAAUAAGGUGGAUAUUACAUGAACAUCACUGUAACCUUUUACAUCCCACCAAACCACGUUCAAACUCUCAGAAUCUAUAUGGAAUAAGAGGAACGAGAAGUCAAAUAUUUCUGUUAAACAACCAAAUUCGAUUCAGCUGACAUAAUUCUAAGUCAGGUGCAGCCCUAGUCUGCAGCUUUUUUUAAGCGUUCAUUUCAUGUGACUGAAAGUACUCUCAAUUUACAACUGACAGUCUACACAUUAACUUUGCAGUUCAUUUUUCCUUUUGCUUCCUAAAAUAGAAGUGAGGAGCCAAAGGAAAGGCGAAGUAAAAUAGGUGUAAUGCCAUCCAAAUAUCUGCAGAAGUGACUGUAUGUGUUGGCUUCCACUGCUGGGACAUCAUUCACGCCUUUUGAAUGACUCAUAGGUUCUCAGGUUGAACAACACUCUCAUCCGGCGUGUUUCUUCCUCAUGAGAGAAACACUUGACUCAUUGCUGCAGCAAACCUUUUAGAGCAUGAUGUUUUAAACAACCUUAGUUCUUUUUUAUUUCUUCUCCCAUGAGCAAAAAAAAAAAAGAAAAAAAAAAGUAGUAAACCAGUGUAUACUGACUGCACAUAUAGUAUGUAUAUCAGAUUUUUCCUAUGUUUGCUUUCUGGUGUUGAAGGUUUGCAUAUUUAUUCUUUUUUUUUUUCCUUUGGCGUGGCCUCGAAGGGUAGCUCAAGGAACAACAUGACAAUGACAGUUGCUUCUGCAUAUACUGUUCGUAGGUUUUGCAAAUGUUCUGAAUGAGGCUGUUGUUUUCGCUGGUGGCCAUGCACGUUUGACUUCAACCAUCAAGUCUUAGAAAAUUGCUUGUGUGUUUUUGUGACCUUGGGUGAUUCUGUCACAAAAGAGCAUGGCAAGCACUGCCAGUCACUACAAACUGUCACCCACAUCGCAGCAUGGAGGGGAAUCACACAAUGACUUUGGAAUCCCCAACCGACAGAGCCAGUGUCUUUUACUGACAAACUUUUCAAGGACGAAGACAAUUUUGAGGAACAUUAGAAAGAGAAGAAAAAAACUCAGUAGUAACAGCUCUUUCAAUUUUAUGUGAAGGAUUUUGAAGAAACUGUGAAACAAUUUCAGCUCUCUGUUUUGUACUAAAACACAGAAGCGGAGUCGCUCGUUUCUAAUGUGAAGAUGUCUAGAAAAAGAAAAACCAUGUUAUAUUGAAUGUUCUGAUUGUUCAUUGUGAAGUAUGUUGCUCAUUAAUAUUCUUUUCUCGAUUGCUUUUUUUAAAUGGAUCUUCCAGAGCAAGUGACAGACAAUAGGGAAUAUUUCUAUUUCAUUUGUACACUUGGUUGUCAUAAUCUAUUGUGUUUCAAUAGACCAAUUUUAAUAAUUAAACAUGUAAAGGUA